CUUGUUUUCCUUCUCUUUCUCCAGCAAGAGUGCAGAGGUUUGGACCCCUGUCGAGGCCAGACUGACAGGAUUAGAGGAAACAGCUGGCCUGAGCCCGUGCCCUGCAGGAGGGAGCUCACAUUCCCGGGCUCUGGGAGGGAGCAGCUCCCCACAGCCUGUUCACAUUCCAGGGCUCUGGAGGCCACGGGCAUGAUGCUUCGGGUCCUGGUGGGGGCCGUUCUCCCUGCCAUGCUCCUGGCUGCCCCACCACCCAUCAACAAGCUGGCGCUGUUCCCGGACAAGAGUGCCUGGUGCGAAGCCAAGAACAUCACCCAGAUCGUGGGCCACAGCGGCUGUGAGGCCAAGUCCAUCCAGAACAGGGCGUGCCUGGGACAGUGCUUCAGCUACAGCGUCCCCAACACCUUUCCGCAGUCCACAGAGUCCCUGGUGCACUGUGACUCCUGCAUGCCAGCCCAGUCCAUGUGGGAGAUUGUGACCUUGGAGUGCCCCGGCCACGAGGAAGUGCCCAGGGUGGACAAGCUGGUGGAGAAGAUCUUGCACUGCAGCUGCCAGGCCUGUGGCAAGGAGCCCAGCCACGAGGGGCUGAGUGUCUACGUGCAGGGCGAGGACGGGCCGGGCUCCCAGCCUGGCACCCAUCCCCACCCCCAUCCCCACCCCCACCCUGGUGGGCAGACCCCUGAGCCCGAGGACCCUCCUGGGGCCCCCCACACCGAGGAAGAGGGGGCUGAGGACUGAGGCCCCCAACUCUUCCUCCCCUCUCAUCCCCCUGUGGAAAGCUGGGUCUCACCCUCCCGGGAGGAGUUGCGGGGAGAGGCCGAAGCCCCUCCUUUGGCACUGGCUGGACUUGGAUUCAGACUUGGACUUGGAAUGCUGCCCUGUUGCCAUGGAGAUCUGAAGGGGGGGUUGGAGCCAAGCUGCACAAUUAAUGUAUUCAAGAGUGGGGGGAGAAAGCGGAGGUCUUCGGGUCUCUCUUUUGGAGGGGAGGUCUCUUCCUGUCUGCCUUCUAGAGAUGUGCCCUUGGGAGGGGGAAGAAGUUGGCUGAGCUGCUGAGGUGGAGGUGAGGCCAUCCAAGAUGGCAUGAGCCAGGCCAAGGCCCCUGUGGCCCCUGCUGGGGCAGGGUCCCUGGGGGUGCAGCUGGGCUUCAGGGCUGAGGGUGGUGGGCCUCUUGCCAGCCUCAACCUUGAGGGCAGUGCUGGACCAGGAAGACCAUUGCCAGAAGCAGGAAGCUCCUGCCCUACAAGUUCCCCCAGAGGUCCCCACCCCACUCCCCAUCCCCAGGGAAGCAUCUCCCUAGUGGCACUGAAGUGGCCCUCCCUCGAUGGAGUAGUUUGGGAGUCAGGCCUGGGCAGGACCCUGCUGACUCAUGGCACUAGAGCUGGGAGCCAGACUUUCUGGGCCUUUCUCUGGCUUCCGUGGCUUACCUGGCAGAGGGAGGGGAAGAGGGAGAGGAGCCUUCCUGGGGCUGGGGGCAGAGGGAUGAUCCCCCAGACCAUCACUGAAGAGCAACUCCCCCCAUUAGAGAUCUUAGUGCCUUCCACUGACCCCCAAGUUCUGGGUCCCUCAGCUGAUGGAGUUGGCCCCACCCUCUUGGGGCAGCUCUUUCUAAAUAUCUGAUGAGGGGGGUGGUGGUGGUGGUGGGAGGGUUUUCUCCCUUAGCCAGAGGCCUCACCUCCACCUGGGUGGGCUGGACUCUGGCUGAGCCUCAAGGAACUCCAGGACAAGAGGAACGGCCGUGUGGGCAGCCAGCAUUCACCCGGGCUCUGUAGCUCCCCAGCCCUGCCCACCUCUUCCUUCCCAGUGCACUUUAACCCCAAGGGGUGUGGGACCCGGGGAUGGGCAGGGCAGGCAGUGAGGAAAAUCCCUUGUUCCCUGGAAUUGCCCUUGUCUGCGCUUCUGCGCCCAGGGUGGCUGCCUGCUUGCCUGGGAGUGUCCCAACCCUCACGGCUGUUCCGACGAGAGCUUCUGGAGCUUGUAACCAGUAGAUGGCCUCCCUGACGGACCCUGAGUCUUCUCAUGAAUAAAUUUGUUCAAUGCCUGUG